AUGAAUCGACCUGCGGCUGGAUUGGGUGCUUUUGCGUCUCUUGUCGAGAGCACUUGCAGUCAGAGGAACAUGUGCGGGGACGUCCAGCAGCCCACACGGGAACUUCAGAAGGCGAGCGCCUUCGCGCGUUCACUCCAGAUUGCCCCGGAACAUCAGGUCAAGCGACACUUGACGGGGGAGUUCGUGAAGAAGUACCGGCCAACUGAGGGCUGCGAGAUGAAGACCUUGAAGAUCUCCACGAGUAGAGGUCCAGUCCGCUUCAAUGUCUGGGACACUGCCGGCCAGGAUCACCUUUCGGGACUCCGAGACGGCUAUUUCAUCGGUGCUCAGUGUGCCAUGGUUUUCUUUGAUGUGACGAACCUCCAGAGCCACCAGAACGUGUCCAAGUGGGUCACGGAGCUGAGGAAGGUGGCCGGAGACAUUCCUGUGGUGGUCGUUGGGAACAAGGUGGAUGCCGGCGGCAGACUGGUCAAGGCACAGGAGGGCUCGCUGCUCAUGCGGAAACUGAAGGUCCAGUACUACGACCUCAGUGUGCGUAGCCACUUCAACAUGGAGGCGCCUCUGCUUUUCAUGUCUCGGCGGCUCCUCGGAGACAGGAACCUGAGGCUUACGCCCGAGGCGGGCGCUCGGCCGCCAGAGACAGCGCUGCCCCCUGCUGCAGAUCAAAGGCGAGCAGCCAUGGAGCUCGCGGAGGCCCUCAAUGUGGCGAUCCAUGAUAGCGACGACGACCUCUGA